AUACAUUACGAAAUUAAUGCUACCUUUCUUGUUACAGAAGCAAGAAACGAUGAACAAUGUUCAUCAUUAUUAAAUCAUUUAGCCCAAAAUAUUCCCGAGCAUCACCGUACUACUCUUCAUUUUCUUAUGGCACACUUCUGUAGAAUAUGUCAAAUGGAAUACGCCCGAGGAAAUAAAAAUCCCCCCACUCAACUUAUACAAGUUAUGUGCCAUAUUCUUUUGCGACCGCCUUGGGAAAGAAUAAUUCAAGUAGUUUACAACACCCAAGCACACAAUAGAAUUGUAGAACUUCUUCUCUUAUCAUGUGAUUGGAACGAGACUCUUCCUGAAUUUGCUUCAGCUCCUGCAAUACCUCCACGAAAAAUAUCGAAGGUGGGCUCGAGUUUAUAUUCAACGAGCAUGGAUAAAGAUAAAUCUAUUAGUUCAAGUUUACACGAUGCUGAAUGGUAUUGGGGAGAUAUAACACGAGAAGAAGUCAAUGAAAAGUUAAACGAUACCGUCGAUGGUACGUUUUUGGUGAGAGAUGCAUCUAAUAAGGGUGGGGAAUACACAUUAACGCUCAGAAAAGGUGGAGCUAAUAAACUCAUUAAAAUAUGCCAUCGUAAUGGGAAAUACGGUUUUACCGAACCGUACCUGUUCAAUUCAGUCAUCGAUCUAAUAAACCAUUAUCGCCACGAAUCCUUAUCUCAGUAUAACGCUUCCUUGGACAUUAAACUCCUAUAUCCCGCCUCGAAAUACAACCAAGAAGAUGAAAGCGCUUAUACUGAAAAUAUAGAGAAGUUAACAGCAAGUCUACUAGAAGUUAACAAAAGACUGAACGAUAAAAAUAAGCAGUUAGAAACAUAUACGGAGGAUUUCAAUAAGACGUGCAAAGAAGUGCUUAGCAAGAGACAAGCUCUUGAUGCUCUUAGAGAGCUAGUCAAAGUAUUUGUCGAGCAAACUAAGAUGCAAGAGGCGUUUCAAAAGGAAGCUCAGCCGCAUGAAGUUAAGAACCUUAUCGAUAACGCGGAAGUUCUUAAACAGAGAUUGAAAGCUAUGGAGGAAAGUUGUGAACAAUUGGAUGAAAAUUUGCAACAGCGCGAAGCGUACAAUCGAUCUUUAGAACGAGAACUGACAUCACUCAAACCUGUUAUUCGUGAUUUGAUAAAGGAACGCGAAAAAUAUCAACGGUGGCUUGUGCAACGAGGGGUUAAACAGAGUCGUAUACUGCAGCUUUUAAACAGCGAAGAGGAAAGCGAUGGAACAGACCUAAUGGAAGAGUGUGAUAUAGAAAAUCUACCACACAACGAUGAAAGUACGUGGCUGUUAUUGGAUUGUUCUCGUUUAAAAGCGACGGAAUUGUUGACGGGUAAACCGGACGGAACUUUUUUAAUUCGUAUUUCUUAUACUCAGAAAAACCAGUACGCCCUUUCAAUAACGUGCAAUGGUACGGUUAACCAUUGUAUAAUACAGAAAACUGUAAGAGGAUUGGGAUUUUCAGAACCGUACAACAUAUACAGUUCCUUGAAAUCUUUAGUGUUACAUUAUGCUCAAAAUUCGUUAGAAAUUCAUAACGAUUCGUUAAAUACUACUUUGAGGUAUCCGAUUAAAGUAGUCAGUAACUCCAAUGAUUCGAACAGAGCGUAUAGUUAAAUAUAAGAUUAAAUUGUGAUGGUAAAUCUUAAGGACAUGUUUUUUAAAUUUUUUUAUGUGAUCACAGACUUUUAUUUAAUUGACUGAGAAUUCAUCAAGUGGCGUAAUUAUGUGGUUAUACUUUUAAAACAAUUUCAUCUCAUAAACACCAUGCAACUGACUGUGAUAGUGUAAUGAACGAAGGUUUUCCGCCAAUAGUGAAAAGUCUUUGUGUUAGUGACAAAAAGGAAACGAAAAUGGAGUUACCCACAACUUGUACUACUACUAUUACUACUACUUCUACUACUUCUAUUAUUACUACUACUACUGCUGCUGUUGCUGCUCCUACUUAAUACAGAAUACGAUGCAUUUUUUAUAUCUUUGUGUGUAACGUUAAAAAGCUGUUUUAGUGUUGUUAGCAUAUGAAAAAUAUACAUGAAGAAAAUGUCAGAAAAUCGAAGUCACUGUUUCGUGAUCCUUUUAAAAAAAGUUGCCUUUGAUGUCCUUUCGGCUUAUUUUCUCCUUAACUUCAAAUAACAAUGAAAGCGAUGUUUUUAAAGUGUGUUUAUAAAAAUGUAUUAGUAACUGGUAAUCGUAAAUAAUUUGAAUAAGGAAAA